UAUGUUGCUUCAACAAAUUAGUUCAGGAAAGUCCAAUGGAUUUGUCCAAAGUUUUCAUACCGCAUACUGGGAAAAUUCCCGUUACAUUGUAUAUGGUACAGGUAAUAAACUUGUAAUUUAUAAUGGAUUUUCCGAAUUGAUCCAAACAAUCGAUGCGUCCGAAUUUUUGAAAGGAUCACCGAAUCAAGAUAAAAUUUUUUCUACAGAGAUUUCAGAAUUUGAUGGAAAGAUUGCUAUAACAAUUGGAACAAACGUACUUAUAUUUAAACCAAUUCAAAACAAACAUAUGAAAGUACAAUGGUCUUUAUUGGAAAUACUGGAACAUAAUUAUCCUACAUUUUGCACUUCAUGGAGUUUAAUUAAUGGUCAACUCUUGGUGGGUGGAGGAGCCAUUGUUCUUUGGGAGCAAGAUAAAUCUGGCGAAGAUAAUCAUAACAAAUGGACAAAAAUAUGGGAACAAAGGGUUGCAUCUAAUAUAAUUCAUGCUGAAAUUUCUCCGGAUUCUACAUUAUUUGCUACAGUUGGAGAGUAUGAUAGAUUGGUUAAAAUUUGGUGUUGUCCCCAAGGUGAUUACAAGGACUGGAAAUCCAAAUUUCAUUAUUUGCCACAUCCAAGAUCCGUGACAAACUUGUCAUGGCGUAAAGGUCCAAUUGAACAGAUAAAUUCACAAGGCAGCAACAUUCUUUUGACAGUAUGCAAGGACGGGAUAUGUAGAAUAUGGGCUGCAACGAAUCCCGAAGAACCUCACAAUCUUUAUAUAUGCACAGUAGUUGAUCCUGAACAAUCGUUGGUGACUCUACCUUCUUCAGAAGAAGAAAGAAUUUGUCACGGAGAUCCCGAUUGUUACUCGCCCAUUCAUUGGAUACAUCCAAGAGAAUUUCUGAUAUCUCUGAAAUUGGCUAUAGAUUCUUUUGAUAGUGAAAAAGAACAAACCCAGAUAGGUGCUGGGUUAAAAAAAUUGAAAGAUCUUGCAAAUGAUACACCGGAUUUGUUGUAUCAGAUUCAAAAAGAUGGUUCUAUGGUUAUUUGGGGAAUAAGAAAUGUUUAUUGUAGACCAAGACGUAUUCCAAAAGUUCUCGUUUUACUUCGUGCGUCUCAGGCGCUUCCACCAUCUAAUGCCGAAUAUUUUCAUGGAAGCACAUUUGUGUUUCAUGAUAAUACAAGUUCUGAUUUUAAGAGCACUUCAGUAGAACUUACAAUAUUAGCCCAGAGUCCGCAAGGUCGGAUUAACAAAUAUUCAACUCGACUUGUCGAAGUAUUUGAAAAUUUAUCUCCAUUGCAAUUGAAGUAUUCAUGGAGUGGUCAUCGUGAUCAUGUCAAAACUAUUAUCAAGUCUCCUGGAACUGAUUGUUUCGUUUCACUUACUAAUGAUGGAAAAGAAGCAAUCUUGUGGGAUAUCACGAAGCCUGACAUAUCGCAGCUUGUUGAACAAAUUGGCCCAAAAAUUAUCGAAAAAGCUCCGGUUUAUGUGGACUCGCAAAUCAAGCUUGCAUGCGUGCUUUCUGAUGAGUUUUUGGCUGCAUAUGAUGGAACACGAAUUGAACUUUUUAUGUGUGGUAGCAACUGUGAUAAUUUUCAUAAGACGGUUGUUUUCGAUGAUUACGAUGCUUCUUAUGAAUUGCUCUUAUUAUUUACUUAUCAACACAAGACGACUACAACAUCUUUUCCUACUUAUGUUGUUGGAGUAAGCUCCAAAAAGAAUACAGUUUUUUGUUGGACGUUUUCAUAUGAAGGUCAUACAGGUCCGAUAAUUAAUUUUGUAUCAAAGACUUGUCUUCCUAUUGACAGUCAGGUUACAAUGGCAAUUUCUGUCGAACAGUGGGCAGGGUCUAAUAUAAGACGUUAUCCAUCCGAAAACUUGUCUCCUCCUAUAUUACUAACAUAUUCCGACGAAGGUUAUAUCAGAUAUUGGCAAGCCAAUAUGAAAUAUAAUAGCGACGACCCUAAUAAUGAUAAAGUAUUGUGGAUGGAAGAAGUUGUUUUUGACAUUGGAAAGAAAAAAAAUACUGUGUUAAUCAAAUGUGGCCCACAAGGGAAAGCUGCAGAAAAGGAAAAUGGUUACGAAUUGACAAUAUGGGAAUGUAUAACUAAAAGAUUACCACCUGCCAAAGAUUUUAUAGAAGGAUUUAGUGAAAAGAUUGUUGAUAUAGAUUGGCUUUUCACUUCUAACGCCGAGAUUGUAUUAGCUGUGUCAACGUCACAGAAAAUAUAUAUUUAUACUCAGCUUCGUAAGCAUCAUGUUUCCGAGCGAGGCUCUUGGAUUAUGUUUUCAGAAAUUGAUAAACCUUGUAAUGUUGCACUACCUAUUUCUGCUAUAUCUUGGGGAAGUGGAGGUUCACUUAUUGUAGCUAAUUGUAAUCAGUUUCGUUGUUAUAAUAAAUGGUUAACAGAAGAAAGUAAUAAAAAAGUUUCUAGUAUAACUGGAAUCAUUCAAAAGGAUCCUACAUUAUUUCAUGUUGUUGACCAUUUGAAUGGUCCUUUACCACAUCAUCACCCAACAUUGCUUUUACAACAUAUUCUUUGGGGUAAAAUGGAUUUAGUUAAGCAAAUCCUUGCUCAUCUUUAUAAAUUCCUUAAAAUAUUAAUUGGGUCAAAUAAACCUAUUAAGCGACUCCUUCCCUUACCAUUUGAUAAAUUAUUCCAAGCCCAAGAUGAAACGCCAAAGCCAUCAACAAAAACUCGUCGUUAUAGUAGUCUUUUUGGAGAAGAUAGUGAUGAAGAAGGAUCUCAAGAAACUUUACUCGAGUUUACGGAGGAAACGGCUAACUUCUUGAGUGAACAAUUAAAGGUCAUUUCAUUGCCUGAUUUGUCACAUGUCGAACAAGCACAAUUGCUAGCUUUAAUUGAUACUAUUAAUCAGGUAGAACAUCAAAAACGAAGUUUGGACGAAAAUGGCGUUCGUUAUGUUUUAUUUAUGCGACGGUAUCAUUAUUUAAAUCGGUAUAAACUAUCUUCUGGCAUACGAACACCUGGUUUAAAUUAUCGAGAUAUGAACUGGGCAUUGCAUAGUGAUUCUCAGGAUCUUUUAAUAGAAUACAGUAUCCAAGCAUCUGGCGGGAAAUUUUUAUGGAAAGAUGCAAGAAUACACGGAAUUUUUUUAUGGCUUCGGAGUAAUGAGUCAGUUCGACAACAAUUUGAAAACGUUGCUCGUAAUCAUUACAUGUCAAAAGAAGAGAGAGACCCAACGGAUAGUUCUCUUUUCUAUAUGGCAUUACGAAAAAAGAAACUAUUGUUAGGAUUGUGGAGGACUGCUAAUGCACACAAAGAACAAACUCUCAUGUUGAAGUUCCUUGUAAAUGAUUUUACUGAACCUAGAUGGAAGACAGCAGCUUUGAAGAAUGCUUAUGCCUUGUUAGGCAAACAACGUUAUGAAUAUGCGGCAGCCUUUUUCCUCCUUGGAGAUCGGUUAAAAGAUGCUGUUAACGUGUGCUUAAAGCAUUUAGAUGAUUUUCAAUUAGCUAUCGCCAUUGCCAGAGUUUAUGAAGGUGAAGAAGGCCCUGUUUUGAAGAGUAUAUAUGAAGAUCAUGUCAUUCCAUUGGCAAUAAGAACAGGAGAUCGAUGGUUGGCUAGCUUGGCUUUUUGGUCAUUGAAUCAGAGAGAUAAAGCCGUGAAAGCAAUUAUGGUACCCUUGGAAACGCUGUGUGAUCAUAAGAUAGAAUCAACACCUUUAACCACCGAUUCUCCUGAUGCGGCUUUAAUAGUUUUAUAUAAGCAGUUAAAGGAUAAAUCUAUUCAAACACUAAGAGGAGCAGCAGAAAUAUCGUUUGAUAAAGAAUAUUUCUUUGUGUUAAGAAGUAUUUUUGCUUAUGAUCGUAUGGGAUGUCCGCUAUUAGCUCUUUAUCUUGUACAAACAUGGACUUUUUCACCGCAAUCAGAUCCAGAAAGGCCAGAUCAUAUUUUAAAAUCUAGACGUCGAACAACGAUUUUUGAUAUACCAUUAGCAGCAAGUGAUGAUGUGAUCUCAAAAGGUGUUGUUAAUUUUGAUACAUGGAGUUGGGAUGCACCACUUUCACCAGUUUCGCCGAUUUCCGUUAAACAUAUAACGGAUAAAGCUGAAGAUAUUUUUUCAGAUGAACCAAGUCCUAUGGUUAGUCCUAUCACACCCAAAAGAAUAUCAUUUACUGAUACAACGUUUAAAGAUUCAUCAGAUGAUAAUAAUGUUUGGGGAUGGGAUUCACCUAGACAUUAUCAAAAAGUAAACUCGUUUAAAGCAAAAAAGACUGAUAUCUUUGCUGAAAAGAUUAGUAAAAAUGAUAUUGAAAAAGACUCGGAAAAUAUUACAUUAUUAGAUGAUAUAGAUUUUUAUGAUUAUAAAGUUUCAUUGGUUAAAAGAUUAUGUCAGCAAUUAUUGGAUGCGGUGAUGACUUUCCAAGAAGAACCAGAAUUAUUCGAACAAAAUACCUAUUAUAAUGAUUAUGUUAGCAGAGUCGAACAAGGAUUGGCAACAAUAUGUGAAAAUGUUAAAGUUCCAAUGCCAGAUAUCAAAGAAUUAUUAAUAUCAUAUCCUUUAUAUAAUGAAAUUUAUCAAAUUAAUCAUUUGGAAUUCUAUCAAAAUAACACGAAAUUAAUUUCUGGAGAUGCUGAAGGAAUUAUUAUAAUAUGGGAUAUGAACACUAUGCGUCCCACAUUACAAUUUAAAGCACAUAAUGAAGGAAUUUUGAGAUGUUUGUUUUUAAAUAAUAAAUUGAUCAGUCAUGGCAGAGAUAAUUUAUUAAAAUUAUGGAAAAUUGAUCGGAAUUCUUUAAAUGAUGAUAAGAGGUUUAUAUCGGAGGAAAAGAUUGUAGAAAUAAAGGAUGAUGAUGAUGAGCCUAAACUUGAAAAAUGUCUAUCAGUAAAUUCCUUGAAUUUUUGUAAAUUUGAUUAUUGUUUUAAAGGAGACAAUGAUCAAGAUAUCUUGAUUGCUUUACCAAGUUCAAAAGGAUCUGCUGCUAUCGAUGUGUGGAAUCUUUCAAAUCAACAACGCAUUUUAGGAUUUGAUGGAAAACAGGAGACUGAAGGGUAUUGCAUGGCUAUAAAGUUUUUUCAGCAUCCAACAAAUAAAUCUGAGUAUCUAAUUUUAUCAGCAUAUGAAAAUGGUGGUGUUAUUUUGUGGUCUUUUUCUUCCGAUAAAUCCAAUGAUGAUGAUGUUAAUGAAGAAUUGUUCUCCGAAAGAUUAUGGAGCGUAAAACAACAUAAAGAAACAGUGUUAGCAUUGGACGUUUCGAAAAAUCGAAAAUUUGCAAUCUCGACUGCGGGAGAUAAGAAGAUUGUAAAAUAUAACUUUAAUGAGAACUUUGAAAAAGAACCUUUAAUUAAUAGCAUUACAAUAAAAUCUGCUGGAAUCGCUGAUAUUAAAAUACGAUCCGAUUCAAAAAUUUUUGCUACAGCCGGAUGGGAUUCAAAGAUACGCGUUUUUUCUUCAAAAACAAUGAAACCUUUAGCUAUAUUGUCAUAUCAUAAAGAAAGUGUUUACUCGUUAGCAUUCGCUCAUGUUUUUUCACAGGAGGAUAAUGAUAAUACUUUAAUUGAAAAUGAAAUUGAUGAAAGAGUGUUGAAUCAUUUCCUAGUAGGUGGUGGAAAAGAUCGUAGAGUCACUUUAUGGGAAAUUUAUUAA